GACGGAGAAGAAGAAGACUCGGCGGACGGUAGCGUUAGCGGAGCAGAGGUGUCGAUGUUCGGGGUUCGAUGGUUCCUCGUCACUUUGAUAGGAAGUCAGGCAGUUCAGUGAAAUAAGAGACCCUCCACACUGCGAUGAUUACACGGUCGAUCGGGACUUUCACUGUCGACACGCCGGAGCUGCAAUGAAGGUGAAUAUUUGUCUUCUGUUGAAGCUAAACUGAGGCUAGCUGCUGUGAGCUAAUGUACCUCUGCUGCUGCUGCUGCUGUGUCGGUAAUUAUCCUCUGAGAUAAUUAUUAAACCGAUAACAGACACAGACUCUGACAGUGCUGACCAGAGGCAUAUAUUAGAGUUUCUGUAGAUUUGUUUGUUUCUCUGCUUGUAUCUGAUAAUCCGCAUUAUUUAGAUGUGUUUAUAUUCUGAAGCUCCAGAUGAUCGUUUGUCUGUUUUUUUCUGUUACUGUAUUAAAGUUAAACUGAAGGGUCAUUAUUGUCCUAAUCUAUAAUUAAUAUCAAUAUAUGCUUCAUUAUAGAGAAUGAAGGAUCGUUUCUGUGAUAACCAGUUUAACAGUAUUAUUAGCCAUGCACUAAUUUAAGAUUAAUAUAAUUACAUUCAUGAAUUUAUAGGGCUGGGCGAUAAAACGAUAAAAACGAUAUAUAUCGAAAAUUAAUUUCCCUCGAUAUCAAUAUAAAACAUGAUUAAUAUGAUUUUCAGUAGUCAGCAUUCUGACAUGUAUUGGUAGACUAUACGAAGAGCCAAUGAAAAAGGGAGUUGCUCUCGGAUGAACCAAUCAUGUGCUGAAUUAUGCUGCAUUCAGUUAUCUGGAUAUCCGAGCUGAACAUGACAUUUUUGUAAAACAUUAAAUUUUGAAACGGUCAAUGUUUGUAAGAAUCCUAAAGUAGUAAUAACAGAUCAGAGCAUAGAUCAGGAGCGGCUGAUAACAGCUGUAAAAGUUAAAGAUGGUAGAGCUGAUUUUUGAGGCUGACGUUUGUCGUCUGUAACAUCAUUUACCUUUACAGGUGACCGAUGAAAUAAAUCAAUUAAAGAGCACUGUCUUGGCCCCGUUAGGUCAGACAAAGUGCUGCAAGUAAACAGACUCAGAGGGAAACUCUCACUGGCAGCAGAGUUGUUGUUGCACUUUUUAUAUAUGAAUUUUAUCAACUAUCUGUGAAAUAAAAGAGAGAAACAGAAAUCAGAAAAAUGCUCAUUUCAGCUCUUCUAAUCAGCCGAGUCCAGGUUCAAAGAGUAGGUGGUAAACUCUAGUAGAGGCAAGACUUUAAAAAAGUUAGUAAAAAAAAUAGUGUUUCUAUUUCAGAGCAAUUCAAGAUGCAUCUAAAAAUAUCGGCAUAUCAAAUACCAGGAAAAAUCCGCCGUCAUCGUGUGUUUUCUAAAGAAAGUAAAUUCUGAAUUGAAGGUGUUUUUUGUCACAUUCAGGCAGGGGCCUCGUCUAUGUGGGCUUCAUGCUGUGGUUUGCUGAAUGAAGUCAUGGGUACUGGGGCUGUGAGAGGCCAGCAACCAGGGUUUGGGGCCGGCGCUGGACCCUUCAGAUUCGCCCCCAGCGCGGGAUACUCAACAUACCCGCCCACCAGCUCAGGGAGUCCCGGCCUUGUUUGCAAGGCGUGUGGUCAGGCCUUCUCCGUCUUCAGAAGGAAGGUGAGUGUCUGGAUGUUCAGGUUAUGUUAAUUUCUCCACCGACUUAAUGAAGGAGGAGGAGGAGGAGGAGGAGGUGCACCUGCAGAGGCAGAAGGAGACAGAAGAUUAAUAUUUUAGGGGGGAAGUGUUAAUUACUGACUGUGGUUGGUUCUGAAAAAAAACAGAGUAAUCCAGCGUUCAGCAUGUGGUGACAGGAUGAAGUCGACCAUAUUUAAGGGCAGUGAGCUCAGAGUGAAAACGACUACGAGAGAAGAAGCCCUGAUGUUUAAAAUAUGAGUAGAUCCUAAAGAUGUUCUUCUAAGUCUGUCAAAAGAAAGUAAAGGUAGACAUGAUAACGCACUUGUAUGAAGUAGAGCGUGGUUUUCUGAAGAUCUGAAGCUCAUAAUUUGAUAUACACCUGGAGGCCGCUCAUUUCCCCGGACAAGACGGCGUUCUGGCUGAUUGCAGAGACAGAUGGACGACAUUCUUCUUCUCUAAUGUCACCUUCAGUCAGAGCUCGUGUUCUUGUACGGCUCAGGGUCUUUUUUCCGUCUGAACCCGGCCUUCCCUCGCUCUCUGUGCCAGCCGUGUCCCACCUCUUGCAUUUAUUACUGUUUGAUGUUAAUCAAUUAAAGAACCGUGCUGCCUCUGUCUCUGUGCCCGGGGAGGAAGAGCAGAUGUGUGAAAAAGUGCAUGAAAUGUCCUCUGGCUUGGAAAUGUUAUCUUGUGAUUUAUUCAAUGUUGUCUCUGAUAGUUUUUAAUAUCAUGUGACAGGACAUAAUUUAAAUUUAAGAUCAAAUCUGGAGGAUAAGUCAUAUUUUUCUUUGUGAGUUGAUUUCUGCAGGAACAUAUGACUGAAGAUUGGAAACAAACUGCCUCCUCUCAUGUCGUCUUCCUCCCUCUGUGUCUGCAGUACAUUUGCUGCGACUGCAAAAAGAGCUUCUGCUCUUUAUGCUCCGUGCUUCAGGAGAAUCUGCGCAUCUGCGCAACAUGUCAUUUGUUAAAGGCGACAGCCUUCCAGCGGCCGCGGCUCAUGCGUUUACGAGUCAGGGACCUGCGUCAGUACUUGCUGCUCCGCAACAUCCCCACCGACACCUGCAGGGAAAAAGAAGACCUGGUGGACUUGGUGCUGUGUCACCGAGGCAUCGAGGAAGAGGAGGACCCCGACAUGAGCAGCCUCCACUCACGCUCCAUGUACACACCCACGCCGUCGACCACGCAGUCCGCCUCGGAGCUGUCUGCUUUCGUGGCCUCUCAGGAGGAGCGGCUCAGCAGGAGUGACAGCUCUGAUACCAACCAGGUCAGGACUCACUUUCUUCAGUGUGUAAUCGUCAAUAACACCAGACUGGAGCGUAGAAUACUCAUCAUGUGGUAAAAUAGUGACUUCACAUGUGAGAGUCUGAAUUCUCGUAGACUUCUAUUUCAGGAUUAAAGGGUUAAAGUUCGUGUUUCACACGUCUUCAGGUUAUUUGUGUGGAUCUAAUCACCUUCAGACAGACGGUUUGUUCAGGCGUCUAAAAUGAGUCUCCAGGAAACACAUGUCAUGUCAGAAAUGAAAACAGAACUGAAGAGACGGUUUGUUGAUCGUCCUUUCAGCCUGGAUUUACUGCAGUUUGUAAAAGGACUUUUAAGAAACCGAUUUGGGUUUAAGGGGCAGAAAAGGAGAGUAAGAAGAACCACACCUGGCACUGAAACAGGACCUCAGCUCCAGGCUGUAAAGAUCCACUAUAAAUACUUGUACUUGGCCCGUUUUAGGAGCAGUAAGUCCGUCUAGGUCUGGAGACAUUGUUGUUCCUGAGGCGUCAGUGGGCUGGAUGAGGAGUGUCUAAUCCUAAUCUUCAAUCAGCUGGGCGGCUCUCUGUUUGUGGUUCACACUCAUGUUUGUUAACGCUGCGCUGCUGCUGCUGCUGUGUUACAGGAUGGUGACGCCACAUCUGUGUCUCUCCUCAACUUGGACCCCAGUGAUCACACUCCUGAGGUGAUGAACCAUCUAUGUGAAGUACUGAUAGACUCAGCUGUGUGACUGAGUAUAGAUAGAAAUACUGUAGAUCACAGCUACUUAUGAAAGUGCAAGGAAAGCAGUAUAGAGGCUGGAAAUGAGAUGCUAAUGCUUACAGUGUCUUUGUCGGAUCUAAUUAAAAAAACAAUGAGACUCGGUGUGUUGGCCGGAGACGCCGCUCUGCACCAGGGUGUUUUCUCAGCAAGUGGCUUUUCGCCCUGCUGUUAGAAACGCUUUGUCGUGCAAAAAGAGAGAGUAAUAAGUGUGUCUCAUUGUAGAUUUGAAACCUAAAGAGUAUAAAAGCUGAUUCAUUCUUGCUUAAAUCCAGGUUCCUGAGCUGUAGAGGUUUUGAUCCCGACCUCUCUGCGGUUAUUUCUGCACCUUUCAGGUCAGUCCUCAGACACGACGUCGGGCCAGAGCCUCGCUCUCAGACCUCUCCAGUUUGAGAGACAUCGAGGAUCUAUCAGUCCGGCAGCUGAAGGAGAUCCUGGCUCGAAACUUCGUCAACUAUUCAGGGUGCUGCGAGAAGUGGGAGCUGGUGGAGCGAGUCAGCAGAUUGUACAGAGAGACGGAGGAGAACAGGAAGUCGAGUGAGUGUGAAGGUCACCUCUCUGCAGUUGUUUGUAGUUCCACAGACGUUCAAAUGAAACACCUUCUGCACACACACACAGUUCAGACUGUUUCUAUUUUGUUUCUAUUACGACGCCACGGUAACUUUCACAUGUUUUUCUUGCAGUGGAAAAUGUGAGCAGUACUGUAACCACAGGUGAGUCGGCCCUCAGGUGUCAGUGUCACCACAUCCUGUUUUGAUGAUUUGUCUUUUCUCCUCAUAAACGAGUUCGUUAAACAAACAGGGUCAUUCAGGUUUCUCUCUCUCAGACUCACGCUGAAUUAUCUCUCGCUUGCUUUACUCCCCCCCCUCCCCCCACCACACAUUAAAGUGGUGGCCUUCCCUCCCUCCCCUCCCAUCUGCAACGGUGCCAUCGGAGGUAAGGCUUGUAGAUCGCUCUCGCUGUUGCCGUGGUCACGCAUCAUCUGUGGCUCGCCUCUCCAUCGUCACGUCUGUUAUCACCGUGAAUCCCGCCCUAACUUCAUGAGCGCCGCAUUCCCCCGCUCUCUUCUGACUGGAUUUCUGUUUAUUUUGAAGAACUGAAGCGAUUCAGUUUUUUGUCACACAUAAAAACGUUGUUCCACCAUCAGUUCAUCUCCAUCUGUCUCGUAUUCAUGUGUUUAUUCCAGCAGCAGCGUGUCACACGUGUACUUCCGCUCUUACCUGCAUGCUCUCGGUCAUAGAGACGGCGUGGUUGCCAUAGAAAUGUCGUGAGCAUGACCGGACUGAGAUCAGACAAAGCUGCUCGGUGUUUUCUGACGCUCUCCUCGCUGCAUGACGUUCACAGCGUCUUUGAAAAAAGCGUUUCUUCACGUUCACAGUCGCCUCACUCCUCUCUUCUUCUUCUUCUUCUCACAGACGGUGAAAAAGGCCCGCUGACGAUCCACGACGACAACCUCUGCAGGAUCUGCAUGGACGCCACGAUCGACUGUGUCCUCCUGGAGUGCGGUCACAUGGUCACCUGCACCAAGUGCGGCAAGAGGAUGAACGAGUGUCCCAUCUGCCGGCAGUACGUCGUGAGGGCCGUGCACGUUUUUAAGUCCUAAUGCACCACUGCGGCGCCGCGGCUCAAACUGAGACUGUACCUGAAAUCCACCGUGCAGCUCAUCACCUUCGACCCACUAAAGACUGAUUUUUGUGGACGUUUGUGUUUCUAUUUCUGAAUUUCUCACUUUAUUUGCACAUUGAAAUAUACAGAUUUUUGUUUCUCUGAAGACUUCGGCUCCUCAGUUUCAUCAGUGAGCAGAGCGAAGGAUCGAAUCCUAGUUUGAGUCAUUCCUUAAGUGAACAUAUCUCUGAAGCCGCUCUCAGACGUGCACUCUGUCCCAUCCGAUGCUCCCCGUUUUCACCACCAUUUAGCAGCUUUCUUUGGCAAAAAGCACAAAGCACUUGACUUAGAAUUCAGUCGUUUCCAAGAAAUAACUCACGUCCUCGUGUGCACAUCAGUUUUCAACAAACAGCUGAUGACUAAAUUCUGCUUAAAUGAAAUGUUUUCACCAGAUACAGUGGAUACACAGGCGCUUAACGAGGUCAUUAAAGUCAAUUAACAGACUCCAGUACAGACUUACUUUUUUCCAGUUUGAUGAUUUGGGUUCUCUCUCUCUCUCUCUCCAUCCAUGUAGAAACGGCUUUAAUCCAAGUUCGUAACCCUCGUAGGUAAAGAGCCUCCUUCUUUGGCCGAAAGCUCGACAUAUAAAACGAUCUUCUCGGACAGUAACUCUGUUCGAAACUUUGGUGAGAAGAGCACAAAAGAAAAACAACGUUAGAAAAUUCACUCCAGGUAUUUACUUCUGUCAAAAAACUGAAUCGCUCCUUCGGCUUCUUAUCCCGGUCUGAGAGUCAAAUGCCAUGACAGCAUCAGCAGCUAAAGGGGCAGUUCAACAUUUUAAAAGAAAACUACUUUAUAAUUAAUAUCAGUAUGGCUCUGACGUUACCCUGUAGGUGAGCGGCGUUUGUCAACAGAAACAGCUGAGGAAACAUGACAUCAUUACAACACUCCACGCCCCCAGUCCGAUGGUGCACGUGCAAAAGUCGGGUAAAUCUCCAGAGUGCACGUCUGAGAGUGUCUGAAACCCGCUCGUUCCCAAGUGUCUGUUUUUCUUUAUUAUUUCCAGUUUUCUAAAGCGAAGAAUGUGUGGCACUCAGCCAGUCUUACCUGACACAACUGUUCACCCUCAGAUCUGCCUAUAAAACUGUAGCUGACACUCGGCUCUGCUGGGAUCCUUCAGAGCACUUCUCUUUACAACUGCUGCAAUACACCACAUACAUAUCUUAGUAACACAGAGGACAGACACACUCAGAGGACGCUCGCCACAGCAAAGGGGACCGCAGUGAACUAGGUGCCAAAUAACGGGGUCAUGCCCUCAUGCUCUUCCCCUCUGCUGUGGGGCGGUUGUGUGUCUGUGGAUUCUGCAGCAUAUUUGAACAGAAAGCACUUUGUUCACACUGUGUGGUAACGCACCACCUCUCACAACCCACUGCAAACGAGCACCAGUAACGACGGCUGAGGUAGCAGGAGCACUGGGGUUCAAACCCGAGCCUGAUGUUGGAGUUUGGAAGGACUCUGGUUUUAUUUUUUGGUCAGUAAAAGAAGAAAAACUUGAUGUUGGUGAUUUCUAAUGAAGUUGAUCAGUUCUCUCAUCAUGUAAGGCAUUAAAACUCCAAAUGGUCAAACAAAGUCUGUCAUUACAGCAAUAGCUAACCUCCGCUGUCACCUCGGUCCCGUCUCAGCGCUGAGGUGCGGACGAACAACUAAACCGGUGCUAACUCAUCCGACCAUCUUCCUUUCCUUCAGCUGAACUGUGGAUGUGAAACUCUGAAUGUUUGUUUUCGUAGUCGUAUUUCGUCGGGGGUGGAUUGAAGUGUCUUACUGCGUUUGAGUUGAUUUUCCCUCAUGUAGGAGUAAUGUAUUAAACUAACUAUUCAGAGCUAUAGCUACGAGUUUACUGACACCUGUGGUAUAGAAAGUCUAGAGAAUAACGACUCGCUAAUGUACAUUUGCAUAUAUUGAUCCAUAUGAGAUGUAUAUAUCUAUAUUUUUUCCAUUUGGUUUGAAUUGUGUAAGAUGAGACUCUGGAAAUGUCCCUGAAUUGGAUUUCUCGAUGACUGCAGGUUUGUGUUUUCAGGUGGUUUGAAAUGUGUUAAAUCUGCAUCCAUCUUUCUGUCCCUCUAAAAUCAGAGCAUGACAAAAAUCUUGGUGAUGGUUUUCCUCAUCUCCUCCUCCUCCUCCUUUAAAACCCAACGAUCUAGUUCUGUUUCCUACUGAUCCUGCGUAUUUAUGAGUUUCCAGUUCUGCACUCACACAAAGACGACGUUGCUGCUAAAAGAGUAAACACAUCCAAACUGACCCGAACAGGAGAGGAGCAGGCCGCACUUUUCCUUAUCAGAGGGGGUUCAUGUGUGCAAGCUUUGGUCUUUGUAUCUGGGAAUGUUAAACUUUUUAUUUUGGUAAUUAAAGAUUUCAAUUAAAGUCUGUUUUUGUACACUCAUGCAUCACAA